GCUUUUUCUGAAUCCAGUUACCUGUAGUACGAUCUGGAAUUGUACCGAUCUCUGUUGGUACUAUCCAGAAACCUUUGAUUCCUGCUCAUCGUGAAGGAACGGAGGACGGCACCACAUAUUAUACGCCAGCCACGUCGGUAGUUGAAGGUAGGUAUCUUGAAGGUCAUCAAAACGCGAUAUUGACAACCUCUUCUAGGUGCUAACAGCGAUUCAGAUGUUACUAUGCUCACGGCAUCUGAUGACGAAGGAGACGAGGAUGAUGACUCGUUCUACUCACUGUCAGACGGUGAUGAAGAUGCGGUUUCAGACACCGAAGACGAUUUCACUCCCCAAGUUUGCCGAUCGCCCUCUCCUUUGGGCACUGAAGCAUCGAGGACCUCGACUACAGGAUCCUUCGAAACUUGCGAGACAAGGUCGAACGUAUCCAUCUAUGAGACAGCGGAGGAUACGGAUGUUGAGGAAGAACUUCCAUCAAUACCGAGAUCCCGCCUGAGUGGAGGUCGUGCACCGCCUGUCGCUAGGCAAUGGUCUGAGGAGACCCUUGUGAAUGACUUUGACGAUGUUCCCCCUACAGAUAAGGACUGGCACCCACCAUCUCCAAUAUCCCGGCCUGGUCCUCCUAGACGCGGUAUACGCCCGUCAUUCGGAUUAAGCCUCGACGACGCAGAGCUAGUUCCGCCGAGGCCUGUGAGUCCACACCUCUCAUCUCCUCCACCUACGCCUCCUCCCACCAAUCGACGUGCCGAAAAGUCAAGAGCCACGGACGCAGAACCUUCAUCUUCUGGUCCUCGGUACAGUACACGUAGGGCAUCAAGACCAAACGUCGGUACGAAUAGUUCUGUUCCUUCUAGGCCUCCCACUCCCGCGUCUCCUCGACCUAUUUCUCAACGAAUAACUCCUCAUCCCGAAAAGCCGAGAGAGCCUGUUGCUUCGGACUACCCCAUGUGCAGCAACCCUACCAGCGACAGACACGCAUGGAAGAUCAAUGCCAACGCCUUCCAACGUACAUAUAGGUGUGAUAAUUGUCCUAUCAAGGUGAAGGAAAAGGCCUUGAAGGUCCUUUCCAAUGAUGGCAGGCGAUGGGAGGCCGCCGGUGUGACUUUGUAGUCCGACAUCCGAUCCACUACACUAUUUAUUUUUCUCAUCGCGUUUUUGGUUAUUGUUUCUAUCUUAAUACUUGCUUCUCCAUAUCCACUAUGAUAUUGCCUCCUUCCCCACACUUCGAAUUCAAGUUUGCCUGUUUUUUUUUCUUGGUCGAUUCUGUAUACUGUGAUACCUUUAUAUGCGUAGCACUGCCUUUCGUUUACGCCGUACUGAUGUAUUCUAACUAGUGUGCCAAUCAGACUAACGUGGUUUUAGUUUGCCUAUAU